UUCAUCCCCUGAACUGUUCGUUGGAAGCUCCCAAGUAAUCCUUUUUAUAUGCAAGGAACAGCCAAAUCGCUUUCAUGCAAUUUUUAAAGGAUUGGCCCUCCUCUGCAAUUAUAGUGCUCUAGCCCCUUCUUUAUAAUCCAUCUUAAUCGACCCUCUUUUAAUCGUCAAAAGUAUAGCUUCCAAACAAUCUAAUUCUGCUACUACUACUCUCCGUCUGAGGAUCUUUAACGCUAUUGUUUCUUAGCCUUUUCUGUUGUUUUCUUGAUUUGCCCAAAGCAGCAACAUGAGCAAGAAAGCCAGCAAAGAAAGCAAACUAAGCAGAUAUCUGAAGGCACCCCUCAGGAUUCUGAUCAAGGCCAGGGAUUUCUACAUAAAAAGCAUGACAGAGUACUCGGACAGGAUCAAUUAUGGCACCGUCAUGGGUUGCCCUACAGGCCAAGUCAAUACUCUGCCUAGGAGCUAUAGCGUCAGCUCGGCGAAAUCGAGCAACGGUGACAAUGACUUGAGGGAGCUUAUCAAGGCUGCUUCCACAAGGAGUUUGGGCAACAAGGUUCAGUUGGACCUACUUCGGAGACAAGAGGCAAGGCAGUCUCCGGUAACUGGAGCAAACAAUGUGCCUAGAAGUCGCAGUGUUGGGAUUGGGAGGAUUGAUGAAGACAAGCCUUGUGACUUUGAAGAGGAUAUCAAGGUCAAGACUGAUGCUUUCCCAAGGAGCAGGAGUUACGCUGUUACAAAGAGAAACGGUGCUUUUUUCUAAAUGAAAUUUGUAGGGAAUCUGCAGAAGGGAUAUCCCAUGUUUCUUUAUUUUUUGUCGAUCCUUACCAUAGCACAUCUGGUUUUGGCUGGUGUUUGUGUUUGAGACUUUACAUGUUAUGUACUGUAUUAAUUGUUGAUAGAGCUAGAGGUUGUUCA